UGCGUCAUUUCCCUGUAAUAGCAAUAUUAUAUAAAAGCAGUAAGGCAGCCAACAGCGUGCUCUACAGUGAUUAGAGCAGAGAGGCGUUGUUGGGUUAGCCGUGACGCUUGGGCCAGCCCCCUGCAGACGGCUGCACCAAUCGCCUCCAUCUGACAGGGAUUAAGUGUCACACGGAGCUCCUCUCUCACACUCCGGACCACAUCAUAACUUUUGAGAGGUGGGAAAACACCACUGACUUCUCCAUCGUUUACGCUGUAGCAGAGGCGACAAGGACGCGCACCGGGGGCCCCGAUGGAGAAAUCCAAAAACUUUCGCAUUGACGCGCUUUUAGCAGUCGAUACACCCAAGGUGCAGACCUCUCCGCUGGCGCUUGUGACUUCCCUGUCCUCCUCCUCCAUCCCGUCGUCUGGAAGUGUGGCAGCCGCAGAGCUGACCACCAGCGCCGAGUCUUUACGCACCGAGACGCCGUCUCCGCCGAGGAUUUCCAACUGCGGCUUGAUUCCGAAACCGGGUUUCCUCAACAGUCCGCACAGCAUGGUUGGAUUACAUCCGCAGAGUACCGCAGGGAUCCCCGCACAGGCUCUCUACGGCCAUCCCAUGUACACCUACUCCGCAGCUGCCCUCACAGGCCAACACCCUGCCCUGUCCUACUCCUAUCCACACGGCUCCCAUCACCACCACAGUGAUCCUAUCAAACUGACAGCCAGCACCUUCCAGCUGGACCACUGGCUCCGGGUCUCCACAGCCGGGAUGAUGCUGCCCAAAAUGUCUGACUUUAACUCUCAGGCUCAGUCCAACUUGCUUGGCAAGUGCAGAAGACCAAGAACUGCAUUCACAAGUCAGCAACUGCUGGAGCUGGAACAUCAAUUCAAACUGAAUAAGUAUCUGUCACGACCGAAGCGCUUUGAAGUGGCCACGUCCCUCAUGCUGACAGAAACCCAGGUUAAAAUCUGGUUCCAGAACAGACGCAUGAAGUGGAAGAGAAGUAAGAAGGCCAAAGAGCAGGCCGCCCAGGAGGCCGAGAAGAAAGGCAACAAGGGCGGCCAGGAGAAAUCUGACGGACUCGAACAGUCGGACUAUAACAGCAAGACAGACUCAAAAAACGGCAGAAUAAGAGACUUCAGAGACAGUGACGACGACGAGGGCGAUAAUUUCAUGUACAACUCGUCGGACUGCUCCUCGGACGACGAGAGGAAUCACACCAGUGACAUAAGUCCGCAGCCUUGAAGCUGAAGAAGGGGCGAAGGUGGCGAUCUCCAUUUAUACAGACUGUGGGGGGAUUGUCGCUAUAAAAAUGCAGUUGCAUGUAACCCAACCUCUAAUCACCUCCAUGGAAUUAAUGAGCGUUUUUUUGUCAUGAAAGGAAUAAAAUUUAGGUCAAAGAUAGAUGAUCUUGGUGUCAUAAUCAAGCAAUAAAGCAGGAGAUUUAAGUUUCAUAAUAGGAGCAUCACUCAGCACUCGGCUAUAGACUGUAAACUGUGACAUGCUGCAUGGUUUAUAUGCAAACGCUGUAUGCAGUAACAUUUCAAUAAUACCUAUAGCCAAUGCCACAGUAAAAAAAAAGUCCGCGUCAUUUGUCUUAGUUUGACCUUAUUUUGUUCUUUGUGGUGUUCCGUAGUGUGCCAUAUCACGCUGGAAAUAAAUGUUAUGUUUAUUUUUCUAUACUGUAUUUAUAAAAAUGGUUAUCCCAGUGCAUGCUAAAUUAUUGUUUAGCGUCUCUCUUGGUGCAAACAAUGUGAAAUAAAAUGUUUUUAUAGAAAAGCUCAGCUGGCAUUUUGGCCCCAAUCUGUGUUCGAGUGUGUGUGUGUGUGUGUGUAAGUGUGUGUGUUUUAAAUAUAGUCCCUUGAUUUACGGUUUGCUCGCAGUGUCUCAGCGCGGAUGCGAACAGAGGCUCGUGUUUUUCUCCUUGCUCUGACAGGUCGGGUCAUGGGAAUUACUGUUAAUAGCGCUGUCGGAUCUGUGCAAACGUGCAGUGAGAGCAAACAGCGAGUAGGCAGGCAGACGGAGGAAACAUUUCACACCACACUAGCAAUGGGCUCGCAUUAAUAAACCUUUUGAGCGGCUUGUUGAGGGACAUCUUG